UUUCCGUCGGAAAGAAUUUCAGACGGAUCUAGCUCCCUACCGGAAGUCCCGCGGGAAUGCGAGAGCAAGGACUCCUUUGUUUUAUGUCCAACAUUUGAACAGCUAGGUCGGGCGGGGAGCAGCUAGCCAGGGGAGAAGAAGAAGCUAUGUUCGUGCUGUCAGUGAAGCGCGCUUUGAAAAAAAGCAAGACGCUCCGGUACGGGGUGCCCAUGAUGGUACUCAUUGUUGGAGGUUCUUUUGGGCUCCGUGAGUUUUCUCAAAUUCGUUAUGACGCUGUGAAGGUCAAGCUUGAUCCAGAGUUUGAAGAAAAACUGAAAAGGAAUAAGGUGUCAUUGGAAUCUGAAUAUGAGCAUCAGUACAUAAGGCUUUCUCUGUCUUUUCAAAUCAUCUAUUUUCUGACUUAUUUCAACAAAAUUGUAUUCUAUCACAUAGUGACAAACUUACUCAACCAUACCUCAGUUGAAGAGCAUCCCAUUAGUUGGUAUAAGAAAAUAAAAGACUCAGCCUUUGAUGACUGGAAGAACAUCCGAGGACCUCGACCAUGGGAAGAUCCUGACCUUCUCCAAGGACGAGACCCAGAAACUCUUAAGUCCAAGCAAGUCUGAGUGUGCUGAAUCAGAUCACUCUUCUUAAAUCAAAAUGUCAUUUAUUAUUUGGCUAUCUUUUUGUGUGCUCCUUUGACUAAGGAGGGAAAUAUUACAUGUUGGAAUAAGCCAAUCCAUGAGUAAUUGUCUAAAAUAAAAUCAACUACCAGAGCGCUUUGUAUUUUCCAUCUGACCCAUUUGCAAAUGCAAAUAAUUGCACUGAAUGGAGCACUUUUCAAUAAAAAUAAGUAUUUCAUUGAGAA